UUCUUGACUUAAAAAGCAAUAAGUAACUUAUUUUUCUUCUUCGAUUAUGUCAAGAAAAGUUACUUCUACUUACGCGAUUUAUAACAUUCAUUCCUUCAAAUUCAAAUUUGUAUUAUGCAUUAUCCGAUUUGAAUAGCUUAGCUUUUAUAGUUAACAACAAAAUGAAUUUCACAAAACGCAGUUUUAUUUGCGCAGAGGAAGAGUACUUUUCAAUUGAUGACAUUUUAGCAACAAAUGAAAGAAUUCCUUGUCGUUUUGAAGUUCCUGUCCAUAAGUUAGGUUUUCUGAAUCCGUCCAGUGGAAGUGCAGAUCUUGCUCAAGGAAAUAAGUUGGAACUUCCAUUAUGGAUGGCGCAAGGAUUGCAUAGCCGUCAUAUCAUAACAACUGAGGUGCCCAAAGUUUAUCGAGAGGCAUACAGAGAAAUUUUGAAUGCAGAUGCAACUGUAGUUGAUUUGAAUAAAAUGGGACCUUAUUUCUACCACUUUGGACUGUAUCUUCUGAGAUUCUCUCAUCAUGAUUCUGAGGAAAUAUGCAGAAUGUUGAACCAGACAUUUAGGAAUCGCUUCAGGAAGUUGAUGGACACCUCCCAAAAUUCUAUGGAAGAAGACGCAGCAAGUUCCAUUACUCAUCUUGACAGAACAGAAAUUGCUCUUUUUAAUCUUGGUUGCAAAAGUCUUCUUGAUCUAAAGAACUGGCAAUUUCGAAAGAAUAAAAAAAUAUCAACUGCAGAUCUUGUAGCAAAUCAUAAAAAAAGAAAAAGAGCAAUUUUGGAUGAUUCAUAAUUUGUUUGGCAGUAAGAUAUAAAAUUAAUCGUUAUUAAUGAAUUUAAGUCCAUAUGUGUAGCAUAUGUACGAUGCUGUUAUUGACAAGAUUGUUGUUGAGAUAAGCAUUAACGUAUCAAAAAGCUUUGUUGCAUAACUUUUGAUUUUUAUUUACAUUGAGUUUCUUUCUUAGUUGUAAAAAAAAAACUUAUUUGGAAAGAAUCCCCCCCCCCUCAAAUAUUUGUUUGCUGUUAUGACUUCAAUAAUCAUUAUAGUAAACCAUGUGAUGAUUGAAGCAGUGUGUUUGUGCUUUGUGUAUAUGUAUAGCAUACAUUGACCUAAAUUAUGUGUGUAUAAAUGAAUUAAAUAUUUAUCUAAGCUAUAUGUAUAUAAACAAGUCAUUUUUUGGCAUCCAUUAAUACAGCUCCUAAAAAUAUAGCAAUACUCAUGAUAUCAAAAUCAAAAAUGUCUUCCAUAAGUUCUUACAUAUAACUGGUUAUAAUGUAAAACAACAUUGAUUUAAAAUAACAUUUUAUGAAAACACAAGAGCUGGGGCAAGCCUAACUUGCCAGUAUUGUGAAGGCUAUGCAGAUCCUAAUAAAAACAUUAUGACGCUGUCGGUAUAGGUUUGCCUCUACUAUAGUAACUUUUAUAAUUCAAAAGGAUCUGACAUUAAAACUUCAUCAGUAUCUUUGCAUCAUUAGCACAACCAGAAUUUACUUUCAUGGUAGUUUUCAAUGAUUUUAAGAAAUUUUGAUUAAGUAAAAUUUCUUAGCACAAGUCUUAACUUUCAUGUUAAUAUUUUAAAUUAUAAUAUGUACUAUUGAACUUACUGUAAAUAUUUUUGUAUUAUUGUAAAUUUUUUUGAUAUUCUAAAGUUUUAAAUAAUAAAGA